AUGUACGAGCGCUUCAUGAGCAUGGGUCCAGAAGUCAAGGAGAUCAACUGGAAGCAGGCACGCGGUGCAUUGUACCGUUGGCCGCAGGUCAUGCGUGAGUGGCUCAGUUGUGCAAUUCCUAUCAAUCCUGACACUGACACAACCACAGCUAUGCUCAUCAACAUGUGUCAGCAGAUUACAGGAGCUGCUCUGAGUGCCUAUCUUCCUACACUCCUCAGCGAGAACGGAUUCAAAGGCGCCACAGCACAAAUUGCCACACUGGCACCUUAUGGGUCCGCCGCCGUUGUAUGUCUUACUGAGUUCUCGAACCAUCUCACACCCCGCAAGCAGAUAACUGACCGAGAAAUAGNNUGCAUGAUCAUAGCAGCAAAGCUUUCUGACAGAUUCGGCAGCCGUGGCUGGCCUACCCAAUUUGGUUGGCUGCUCCUAAUCGUGGGCUUUGCAACUUUUCUUGGUGCUCCCACCAGCAACAAGCCUGCUCACUUUGCGGCUUUGAUUCUUGCCGAGACCGGUCACUACAGUACGUGUCCAUCAACUUGCAUGUAG